AUGGACAAAACUGGUUUCUCAUCUACUAAUGAUACUGUUAAACAAGUUAUUAGAGUUAGAGGGAAGAAGAUUCAGUAUAAAAGUAGAGGUAGAAACCAAGAAAACAUUACUACUAUUGUUACCAUCUGUACAGAUAGAACAUACACUAAGCCUGUUACUAUCUUUAAAGGUUAUAGUGUAUGGUCCAAAUGGACAGAGAACAAUAUAGCUGAUGUAAGGUAUGUACCUAUACUUCUUCAUAAGCUCUUGCUUAACAAGAGCAACAGGUUCACCAGCUCUCUAAAUGGUUGGACAGACUGUAAAAUAGUACUAGAUUGGUUCACAAAUUAUUUUGAGCCUGAAACAAGAGAGAAAGCACAUGGACACACUUAA